AUGAAUUGGUCAAAUCCUAUGCUAAAAAGCACAUUUUACGCAAGAUGUAUGCUGAAGAUAGACUUGCAAAAGGCUUAUGACUCUGUGAAGUGGGUGUUUAUACAACAAAUGCUGGAGGAAUUAGGCUUUUCAGAAUUGUAUAUUUCCUGGGUGAUGGAAUGCAUACAAACAGUAAACUACUCUAUGUUGAUUAAUGGAGAACCAACUCAACCAUUUCAUGCUGCUAAAGGGCUUAGAGAGGGUGAUCCCGUGUCACAUUUCUUGUUUGGAGUAGCAGUGGAGUGUCUUAGUAGAGCAUUGGUAGAUUUGAAGAUAGUCAAGGAGUAUAAAUACCACCCAAGAUGUGCAAAAUUGGGCAUUACACACUUAAGUUUUGUGGAUGAUCUUUUGCUAUUUGCAAGAGGAGAUGGGCCAUCUGUACUGGCUAUGUUUCAAUGUUUCACCAAGUUCUCCACGGUAUUAGGAUUAAAGGCAAACAUGAGUAAAAGCUCUAUAUAUUUUGGAGGAGUGCAACAAAGUAUACAAGACCAGAUACUGGAUCAACUCCAACUUUCAAGAGAUGAAUUACCAUUCAAGAAGAUUUUGAGUUCAAGAGUAUUAACUGCACAAAUACAAUAUGAUCCUGCUAGUUCCAAGAGCUUAAUCAGGCAAGCUUACCUGCAAUUGUUAGGUGCAUAUCCUAGAGUGGAGUGGAAAGGGCUAAUGUUCAAGGAUGAUGCAAGAUCAAGAGCUAAAUUUGUGAUGUGGCUGUACUUACAUGGUGGAAUGAGAACCACUGACAAAUUGAUUCAAUGGGGACUUGAUGUUGAACCAAAAUAUGCUCCAUGCCAACUGCACAAUGAGAAUAGAGAGCAUUUGUUUGUGCUAUGUGAAUACACUAGGGGGCUGUGGAAUCGAAUGCUACAGUGGGUUGAUAGACCACACAUCUCUGCUGGGAACUGGAGGUAG